AUGGAAGGUGGUGUGAUAGAUGAAAGGAUCGGUAACAAGAGAGGAAGGGAUGAUGAAAAGGGUAGUUUGGGAAGACUUGAAAAAAAACCAAGUGGGUUGGUUGUGUUAGAGGAGUAUAGUGGCGAUGAGAUGAUUAAUGGGGUGAAAUAUGAAGAAGAAAAGCCGACUCCUGGUGGUGAUGGAGGUGGUGGUGGUGGUUUGUUCAAUCAACUCAUCGUCAAUUUGGUUAACAGCCCUAAAUCCAACCAACAACCGGCAGAGGAAAAUGGCGGUGGAGUAGGAGGAGGAGGAGGAGAAGAAAGUGGCGGGACACUCAGUAAUGACGGAGAGACGGUGGCAGAGAAAGAUGGUGGUGGUGGUGGCGGAGAAGUGGUGGAGAAUGAGGAAGAUGGUGAUGAGGACGACAUCGUGGCUCAAUUACCGGCAACUCUUUCAGAUGUUUUCAAAAUAGAGGAUACAGCUCCGGCAAGUGACGAGGCUUCAAUAUUGUUACACUCCAUCAUCCAUGACUAG